AAAAACAACCCACUCUCCGGUCGCACUUUACGGCCGACCGAGGAGGCACGUCAACAGCUAUGGCGGAAGGAGAGGAGGUGUCGCCGCCGUCGUCGAGGUGCUGGGAAAAAGAUCUUGCAGACGCUUUAGAAGAAGGAGGCUGUGAUCUCGAAACUGUGAGAAACAUCAUUCAAGGAAGGCAAUUGCCUGCUGAUCUGAGGGCCAAAGUCUGGAAGAUUGCACUUAAUGUUGUAGGAAAGGGAGACAGCCUAGCAUCCUGGGAUGGCUCUUUAGACCUACCUGAACAGAGUAUAAUUCAUAAGGAUUGCCAAGAGCUAAUUGACCAAUUGUCAGUGCCAGAAGAGGAGAAGUCAGUGUUGCUUUUGGAUAUUGAGUCUGUUAUUACUUUUUAUUGUAAGUCACGCAAUGUUAAAUACAGUUCUUGCCUCGGCUGGAUACAUCUACUCAAACCUCUGGUGCACCUUCAUUUGGCACGCAGUGAUUUGUACAACUGCUUUUAUGCUAUCAUGAAUAAAUUCAUUCCAAGGGAUUGUUUUUUGAAGGGAAGACCGUUUCAUCUCUUUAGACUGCUUCUUCAGUACCAUGAGCCUGAACUCUGCUCCUUUCUUGAUACUAAGAAGAUGACUCCAGACUCCUAUGCACUCAACUGGCUUGGAAGCCUCUUCUCCUAUUACUGUUCAGAUGAAGUCACUCAGGCAAUAUGGGAUGGAUAUCUACAACAAGCAGAUCCAUUCUUUAUUUAUUUCUUAAUGUUAAUCAUCCUGGUCAAUGCAAAAGACGUUAUUUUAGCACAAGAAUCAGAUAAAGAAGAAAUGAUAAAAUUCUUAGAAACUUCACCAGCCAAUCUUGAUUUAGAAGAUAUAGAAGAUCUCUUCUCUCUGGCACAGUAUUACUGUAGCAGAACUCCAGCUUCCUUCAGGAAGGACAACCACAGUCUCUUUGGCAGCAGCUUGCUGGGCCUCAAAGAUGAUGACACAGACUUGAGCCAGGCACUCUGUCUAGCAGUUUCUGUGUCUGAGAUUCUUCAAGCAAAUCAGCAACAAGGAGUCAGUGAAGGAGUAAGAUUCUUUGUAGUGGACUGUCGUCCUGCAGAGCAAUACAACGCUGGGCAUUUAUCAACAGCAUUUCAUUUAGACUCGGAUUUGAUGCUUCAAAACCCAUCAGAAUUUGCACAGUCUGUAAAGUCCCUGUUAGAAGCACAAAAACAGUCUAUUGAGUCUGGCUCCAUAGCUGGUGGAGAACAUCUUUGCUUCAUGGGAAGUGGCAGGGAAGAAGAAGAUAUGUAUAUGAACAUGGUGCUAGCACAUUUCUUACAGAAAAAUAAGGAGUAUGUAAGCAUUGCCAAAGGAGGAUUUAUGGCCCUCCAGCAACAUUUAGCUGAUAUCAACGUGGAAGGCCCAGAAAAUGGAUAUGGCCACUGGAUUGCUAGUACUUCAGGCUCAAGAAGUAGCAUAAACUCCUCUGUUGAUUUACUUUUACAGGGUGAUUCUCCUAAUGGUUCAAGUGAUGGAAAAGGAGUCAAAUCCCUGGUGAAUAAAAUGACGGUUGCUUUGAAGACUAAAUCUGUGAAUGUGAAAGAAAAAGUUAUUAGUUUUAUUGAAAAUACAUCUACUCCAGUGGAUAGAAUACCUUUCAAUAUUCCCUGGCCAGACAGAGCAAGCCUGGAGCGACAUGUCAGUAGCAGUGACAGAGUAGGAAAACCCUACCGUGGUGUGAAACCAGUAUUCAGCAUCGGAGAUGAAGAAGAAUACGAUACCGAUGAAAUUGAUAGCUCCUCAAUGUCAGAUGAUGAUCGGAAAGAGGUCGUCAACAUCCAAACAUGGAUAAAUAAACCUGACGUGAAGUAUAACUUCCCCUGUAAUGAAGUAAAAGAAAAUGGACAUAUGUUUCCCAGUCACCUCCUAGUAACAGCAACUCACAUGUACUGUUUGAGAGAGAUUCCAUCGCGAAAGGGACUGGCUUAUAUACAGUCUCGACAGGCACUCAACUCUGUAGUCAAAAUCACGUCCAAGAAGAAACACCCGGAACUGAUCACCUUUAAAUACGGAAAUAGCAAUACUUCAGGCAUAGAAAUUUUGGCAGUUGAAAGUAUGCAGGGGAGUCUCUGCUCCAGCACACCUCCUCCUGUCUUCCCUCACUGACUUUGGGGUCCACAUGGUUGCUUCUCUCAUCCAACUCCUUCCACCAUCACCAGCUGGGAAAGAAGGAAGGGCAGAACAAGAAGGAACAGGAAGAAGCCCCUUCUUCUGGCUGCUUCUUCUUAAAAAGUGAUCAUAGAGGUGCCUAACUGGCUCAGCCCCAGAAGUGGGUCUGGCUCAGAGCUGGGGAGAGUUUCAACUUCUUACAGGAGCCAUCUUUACAGCCCGAUACCCAUUACCAGAAAUGGCUCCAUGUCAAACCAUGAUAAAAAGUAACAGUUUUUAUUUAGGAAUAGAUAAAUUCCCUUGUAAACUAGGAAAAAAGAUUGUCAUCAGGAUGAGGAGAAUUACAAGACCCAGGAGAAGGACUCCAUGGUCUGCAACAACAGUUGUUGGCGAUGGGAUGAAAGCAAGAGCAACUAUCUGCAGCCUUAAGUAUGGAUUUGUGAAGGAUGAGAUUGAAGAGUGAUCUUUCUUCUGUGGUGUCCUUUUUGAGACAUCUGACAUUUAUUGUGGUUUGUACAAGGAGUCUAGAAGCCUGACUUCAAACCCCUGAUGUCUGGUUCUUGAAAGUUGUUGUUGCCAUGCUCUGCAUUUGUGUGCUUAAGUCUGGGGGAGGUCAGAGGGAUGAGUAUAUUGGGCUAUUUUCCACUGAUGUAGCCUGUUGGUACCAUUUUAACAAAGUUGCUGAUGUCAGCAAGGGCAAGUGCAGAGUAUUGCUUCUGGGGAGGAACAACCCCAUGCAAAAGUGCAGGCUGGGAAUUGACCUGCUGAAGACCAGCUCUGCAGAGAGUGAGACCUGGGAGUGCUGGAGUGCUGGUUGACAAUAAACUAACCAUGAGCCAGCAAUGUGCCCUUGUGGCCAAGAAGGCCAAUGGCAUUCUGGGAUGCAUCAAGAAGAGUGUGGCCAGAAGGUCAAGGGAAGUUCUUCUUCCCCUCUGCUCUGCCCUGGUGAGGCCUCAUCUGAAGUCCUGUGUCCAGUUCUGGGCUCCUCAGCUCGAGAGGGACAGGAAACUGCUGGAGAGAGUCCAGCACAGGACCACCAAGAUGAUCAGGGGAGUGGAGCAUCUUCCUUAUGACGAAAGGCUGUGGGAACUGGAGCUCUUCAGCCUGGAGGAGACUGAGGGGGGAUCUCAUUAAUACUUACAAGUAUUUGACAGGUGCAUGUUAAGAGGAUGGGGCAACACUUUUUUCUGUAAUGCCCAGUGAUAGAACUAGGGAUAAUGGACAAAAGCUGGAACACAAAAAGUCCCACUUAAAGGGAAACUUCUUUCCUGUUCAGGUGAGGGAGUCCUGGCACAGGCUGCUCAGAAAGGGUGUGGAGUCUCCUUCUGGACAUGUUCCUGUGUGUCCUAAUUGAGCAGGGGGUUUGGAUUAGAUGAUCUUUAGAGAUGCCUUCCAACUCCUACCAUUCUGUGAUUCUAUGAUCGGUUGGAUAUAUUCUCAUCCACUUCCUUGGGAAGAACUAUAUGUAGUGGGUGUUCUGUAUUCACAAGAAGUGGGAGAUGAGUUUCCUUGCUUAGUAGGGAGGUUGUUCUAUGCCUGUUGGCUGCUUAGAAUUAAAAAUUAGUUGGUCAGACAAAGAUUGCUUAAAAGGUUACAGAGAACGUUGCUGCUUGUUGAAGUACUUUAUCACCACCUUGUUGACUGGAGCAGAUCCAGAAGAGAAUGGAUAGUAAAUAAAUGAUCUUGAGCUAUCUAUAGAAAUUUUUAAAAAAUGAGUACUGUGGCGCUUGCGUCAGACAGUGCUGUCUGUAAACACUGAACUACCUGUUCAAUGCUGCUGUCAAUUAGUGAAGAACUUUUCCUUUCCAGGAUGGCCUGUGAAAUAUUCCCCAACAGUUCCAUGUUCACAAAGGAAACUGUUUCGUAGUAUAAACAGGAAUUAAAUGUUAUUUUCUUAGUAGCUUUUCAUUUUAAUAUCUUCCCCUCCUCCUUCCCCCUAGUUUGUGCCAGAGCAAAAAAUCAAAACAAGAAUUAAUAGAUACUCAAAAGUUUUAGAGUGAAUUAAUCAUGGCUU